CGCUGCGCACGCCGCCCGACUGUUAACUACGAUCGCCGCGCGCGCCUUCAAGUUUAGUUUGCACCGUUAGUUCACCAUUGCAGCUCGUAUCAAGCGUAUCAGCGCUUCAACUUGCUAGUGGAGCAUUUAUUUUUGGUAAAUGAAAAUCUAAUCGCAGCACUUGUAGCUGUUGCGAUAAGCAUCGACCGGGCCCAAAACUAACUUGACUGUUGCUCAAGUUCAAUGUUUAGUCUGUAACUGGCUGUUGCACAAGUGUCAAGUGGUCAACAUGGGCGCUAAGGUUAAGAAUCCCAGCAGCGCGCAAAUCGAGGAGCUGCGUCAAAAGUUCAAUGCCAAAUACGACGCCACACCGCCAACAGUACCAUUCCAUCCAAUUGAUCUUGAACGCAUACGGAACGAUGAGGUCUGGCUGCGUCGAUUUCUGGAAAUGCACGACUUGGACAUGGAAGCGUCCUUCAGCAAUCUUUGGGAGACUUGUAUUUGGCGCCAGUCCUACGGUGCGAAUGAGCUCACCGACAGCUCGGUUAAUCAGCAGUACUUAAGGGAGGGCUCAGUCUUUGUGCACAAUCAUGACUUGAAUGGCAAGCCGCUGCUCAUCUUUCGCGUCAAGCUGCACAGCAAGUCUAAGAACCUGGAUGAGCUCAUACGCAUUGUGGUUUACUGGGUGGAACGAGUGCAGCGGCAGCAGCACAUGACACAGCUGAGCAUAUUCUUCGAUAUGGCCGGCACUGGGCUGGCUACCUUGGAUCUGGAGAUGGUAAAGCGCAUUGUGGAAACCUUCAAGCUGUAUUAUCCCAAUGUACUCAACUAUAUACUCGUAUUUGAGCUGGCCUGGGUGCUUAAUGCUGCCUUUAAGGUCAUCAAAGCGCUGUUGCCGCCAAAGGCUGUGGAGAUAUUGAAAAUGAUAUCGAAAAAGGACAUCACACAAUACGUCAGUCAGGACAAUUGUUUGACCAGCUGGGGCGGCACUGAUAGCUAUGAGUUUAGCUUUGUAGCCGAGUCCAAACGGCUGCCGCCCAAACCCGCAGCAGCUAAUGCCGGCGCCGAUGACCAGCCACAUCCCGAUUUGGGUUUGGAUAAGAAGGUACAUUUUGCCAAGAGCGCGCCAAUGGUGCACGAUACCCGUCUGAGCGAUAACGAUCUAGAAGAAGGCAUGUUGCAAGUGGAGCCCACUGGAUUUAUCAACUUCGACCCACAAAAUGGCGAAGCCAAGCUUCAUCUUAAGAAUAUAAGCAAGGAGCCAGUAGCGUAUAAGAUACAAACAACAUCGCCAGAGAAGUUUCGCGUGCGUCCACGUUGUGGUCUGGUGGAGCCCAAUGAUAGGACUGAGAUAAAUAUAUGGCUAAAGCAGGAUCAUCAGCUGUGCGGUGAAUCCAAAGAUAAAUUUCUUAUAAUGGCUACACCAGCCAGCGGCGACUGUUGUCAGAAUGAUGUAACAGAAAUGUGGAAAGCAAAAGAUUCGAGCGAUCCAGAUGUAGAGAAUCAUCGUUUGGUGUGUCGCCAGGAACCCAAAAACAAUGAUUCCAAAUGCGCCGGGAAACCCGCCGGAAAGUAUGGUACCAGUAACGCAACUUCAGAUAACCAGCUAGAGGAACAGGCCAAGAUGAUGGAAAGGCAACUGAAAUUUACACAAAGAUUACAGUAUGUCACAUUGGCGCUAUUGUUUUUGCUCUUUGCCGGCUUUGGAUUUCUUAUGUAUCAGCAGCUGGCAGACAGUCCAGGGAGCUGUGGACAAAAAGCGGCGGCUUAUAGCUGCCCACACAAGCGCAAACAAUAAUAUUUACUAUCCCAAUGCAAUCUGACCAAACCAGACGAAGCCACUGCCAGCCACAACAAUAACAAUAAUAAUAACAACAACGUGAAUAAUAACAAAGAAGACUAUAAUACGAACACACAUGAUUGUGUAGAUAUAAGCUACAUGAAUUUGGAUGUGGAUGAUAUGGAUUGUAUGGAAGCGCUGCUGCUGGCCCAACUGCAACUCGCAUUGCAGAGUGGUCAGACUGUAGAAGGCAAAGGCGACGGCGGCGGCGGUGUAGCCAAUGGCGGUCAUCUAAUUGGUCUUAUUGCAUUUGCAAGUAAAUUGGCGCGUUUGCUGCUCUCGGUCUCGCUGCUGUGCUGCAUAUUGUUUGUUAGCUACUACCUGACCUCAACCCAAACGCAGCUGCAGUCACAAUCGCAACAGCUACAGCUGCAAUUACGUCACUAGGAGCAGAGCAAGCGACCGAAGCACCGCAUAGAAGUCAUACCCAUGUAGUUGAAAGAUACAGCAUAUAUUAUUUAUUUAUACAUAUGCAUAUGCAUACAAAUUUAUUGUGAGCAUUAGACAUGAGUUUGGUUUGUAUUUUGAAAUUAAGUAAAUAUUAUGGGUUCCAACUCCCACACUAUCUCUCUCUCUCUUGCAUUUACAUUUAUGUAAACAAUAUAAAGGGCAAGAGCACGUUUAGCAAAUUUAUGUACGAUAUGUAUAAACUAAACACGAUAACUAUUAAUGAUUAAAGGUUGAUUAGUUUGUAAAUAUACACACACACAAAUAUUUU